GUGACUUACAGUGAACGUUACAAAAAAGAAAAGGAAAAGGAUGAAAGAAAAGUUCGAAUCAAUAUCUAUACCCAGAUAUAUUUUAUUCAAUGUAACAUUUACUCAUUCUAUCAAUUGAUUAAAAUCAAAAAGGCGUCUCAAUUUUAUCCUAGCUCAUCAGACAUCUACUGUACCAUCCCGAUAUGAUACAAAAUGUACCAAGGAUUGGAGUAUGUUUUACUGCUGUGUUUUUCUAUACCAUGGACAUAUGCUCAAAUCACUUCCAAUGCGGCUGGCGUUUGUAGAAAAGAACCAUUGAAAUGCUGCGUAAACUACAGAAGAGUUGGAAAUGAAUGUAAAGAAUGUUUUCCUGGAAGUUUUGGUGAGAAAUGUAUUAAAACUUGCCCUGAUGGAUUAUAUGGGAAGUUCUGCCUGGAGAAAUGUGAUUGUUCAAAUUGCAGCAAGAUAUAUGGAUGUACAGAAAAUUCAGUCUUACAGGGAGAACCAUCCAAAGAAGACGAGAACAUUGAGUGGCAUACUGUUGCAAUGUUCGUUUCUGGAAGUGCGGGUCUCUGUUUUAUAAUUGGUUUUGCUGUGUACAACAAACUGAGGAAACUCCAAAAACACCAGAGGAAUCCAAAGGAUGUUCCAGAUUCCAAUGGGCAACCACAAUUAAAUCCAAGUACAAGUACAAUGAUUGCGGGGGAAUAUAUUGAAAAUUUCCCAAUCUCUAAGGAACAACAUCCCUCAUCAAAAUGCCAUAAUCUGCCAGAACCAUUUUCAUCUGAUGGAUGUAUACCAAAACAGGUUGCAUUUAAAAACGGCAGCAUAUCACAAGAUGCUGAAAUUACAUCAGAAAACAUAUACAGUCACCUCAACAUGGACGCUAUGUCCUACAACACGUUAAAUCACACAUCCGAAUCAGAAAAAGCGCCAGUUAUAGGAAUGUAUUCGACAUCUUCGCAGGAAGUGACUUCCACAGAGAACAAUAUUUCUGAUAAAACUGAAAGUAAAAGUACAAGCAGACAAAGUUUUCUUCAUCCUGUGGUUGCCUUAUCAAAGGGAGAUGAAAAUGCGAUGACGAAAGAUGACAGGAAACAAAUUAACAAUACAACUAUGAAAAAUACCUCUGAAGCUGCAAAAUCAAACAUCCAAAACUCAGAAAAGUUUUCAACCUCUUUGACUAAAAAAGUAAGAACUCCAUCAAAAAGGGAAAAACUAGAGAAGAAAACGCAUGUGGAUGAAAUGUCCAAGAUGCUUGAAGACUUUAAGCCAAAAACUGAAGAACUAGAAAACAAUAAUUCAAAGGCAAGCGUACUUCACAGAUCAUCGAAAAAGACGAAAAGGAAACUGUUAAGGUACAGUUUCGCGCCUUCUACAGAAAUAGCUUGAUUGAUUUAAACAAGAAAUAAAUUAUUUUAUCCUUAAAAUAAUGCAUAAUAUUUAAAACGGAAAAUAUAUUAUAUUAUGUUUU